GCGACUAGUCUACUCUCCACCCACAAGGCACUAUAAUACAAAUUCUACCCCUCACCCAAACUUCACAAUUUUCCGGCAUCGGUGGGUUAUGGUCUCCAUCAGUAGGCAUUUUUUUUUUUACAGUUUUCGUUUUAAUAAUUUAAUCUAAAUGGAACGAUACAUAUUUAUCAUUGUGUUAUUGGCGUGUUAUCUGCGUGCGGUGCAGUGCUACAGCUCCGGAAAGGUGACUGGGGCGUGUGACAAUAUGACACCGCAGCACAAAAAAGGUGCGCAGCAAAAUCCCGCUCCAUUCUCUGUCACCACUGACCGAUUCAGCUUUAAGGAGGGCGAUGAAAUCAUAGUCAGGCUCCUGGCAGCUUCCACUCCAUUCAUUGGGUUUAUGUUACAAGCCAGAGAGGUUGGAGGAAGCAGGCCUCUGGGAUCCUUCACUGUAACAAGUGGAGAGGCCCAGCUACUCACCUGCAACGGACUACCUAAUUCUGCAGUUUCUCACACAUCAGAUUCACCUAAAUCCUCCAUCCAGGGAAUAUGGAGGGCCGACAUAUCAGGCAACCUCAACUCCAUCCAAUUCAGUGCAUCCUUUGUAAAAGAUUACUCCACCUUCUGGGUUGGAGUGAGAAGUUCUCCAGUUACAUACAACGUUGCUGCUGCACCCUCAACUAACAACAUAUCCAUAUCCAUCCCCUCUACCUCCUCCUUCGCCUCAUCCUCAAAAUUGUCCAACUCCAGCACUGGAUGUGGCAGCACUAAGGUCUGUUUCAGCCAACCUCUGAACUGUGACCCUGGGGUCAGUCCAGACUGUUACUUCCUGUCUGCUAUGACUUCUCCCGGUGAUACAGCCGUCCAGCUGGAGAUGACUGGCCCUUCAGAUGGCUACAUCGCCAUCGGCUUCUCAGAUGACCAGAUGAUGGGAAAUGAUGACAUCUAUAUUUGUGGACGGGACAGUGGCGGGCUCAUCCAAUUGCAACACGCCUUUUCAACAGGAAGGAAGAUACCGGACAUACUUCCUCUGGGAAAUGUUUCUGAUGUUAAAUCCUCAGUGAAUAAUAGUAUCAUUAGCUGUUCCUUUACAACUAGGAACCCCAUUUCAACUCAGCGAUCCGGAGGGUCCAGUUCCCUCUACUAUCUCAUGAUCGUUCACGGACCCUCCAGUACUGGGACAAUCGGCUUUCACACUGGCACCUUCAUCAGUAACACUAAAGUGGAUAUUUCAAGUCCUCAAGUUGUUAAAAGUGAAAAAGAGCCACCUAUUAUUAAAGCACAUGGUUCCCUGAUGUUGAUAUCGUGGAUGACCACAGGUAGUUUGGGAAUGAUCAUAGCCAGGUAUCUGAAAGGUGUGGCCAAGGGGAAACAUUAUUUUGGGAAAGAUGUUUGGUUUCUGGUGCACGUGUCUCUUAUGACACUCACUGUUGCCGCCACCAUCAUCGCCUUCAUUUUGGCCUUCUCAGAAGUUGGAGGCUGGAGUGGGGGAGCCCAUCCUGUGUUGGGCUGCAUCGUUAUGAUCCUGGCCUUCUUCCAGCCAAUCGCUGCCAUGUUCCGAUGUGGACCUCAACAUCACUGGCGAUUCCUCUUCAAUUGGUCGCAUGCUUUGAAUGCUGUGGCAAUAAAACUUUUAGCUGUGGCAGCCAUAUUCACUGGGCUGUCGUAUUUUGACACCUCUGAGAAUGGUUGGCUUCUGAAGGUGAUGGGGGGGUUUGUUGGAUGGGAGGCAACGAUGUACAUCCUGCUAGAACUCCACAUGCGCUGGAAGCUCAAUGAUCAUGCAGAGAGUGCUUCUGAAUCGACAAGAAUGGAGUUGUUACUGCUGGUCUUGUUUUUCCUUGGAAAUAUAGCCUUUUUGGUGGCACUACUUGUUGGAAUUGGCUCGUCAUGAAGAUCCGCUGAGCAAUGGACUGAGAUCGGAAUGUUGUGAUACAGUAUAUCUAUAAAAUAGCUCACUGUACAGUAUAUUUUAAGUUGUUUUAUAUUUGUUUGUUGUCAAAUGUUUUAAAGUAUCUGUCCAUUGAUUGAGGAUUGAAUGCGAUCAGAUCAUCAAUUUAUACAGUAUCCCUCCAUAUAAGUAUGACAGACCUUCCACGAGGACAGGCAUAUUGGAAAUUUAACCAGGGUUUAUUGACUGACACUACUUUCUUAACACAAAGUAAGGACUUUUUCUUGCACAAUACUGGUUCAGUGGACCCAAUUAUUGUACCUUUAGAGGCCAUUGAAUUCCAUUUUCAUCAAAACGGUAUCGGUCAACAGAGAAAAGAAUUUCAACAUAAAUAGAACAUCUAACAUUACACAUCAAUGGUGUUGAAUGUACUACAGAAUCCCUGAAUAAUCUACACACAAAACAAAAGGAGAUUUAUUUAUUCAGGAAAGACCGAGUUAAAAAAAAUGUUUUUCCCCAGAGCAAAUUCAAUACAGUAACCCGACCAAAAAGAACCUACAGAAAAAAGUUACAAACGAUGGAGAAAUCCUUUUACAUUUGAGUCAUUUAGCAGACGCUCUUAUCCAGAGCGACUUACAGUAGAGUGCAUACAUUUUAUUACAUUUUUUAUUUUUUAUUUACAUACUGAGACAAGGAUAUCCCUACCGGCCAAACCCUCCCUAACCCGGACGACGCUAUGCCAAUUGUGCGUCGCCCCACGGACCUCCCGGUUGCGGCAGGCUGCGACAGAGCCCGGGUGCGAACCCAGCCCAGCCUGGGCGCGAACCCAGAGACUCUGGUGGCGCAGCUAGCACUGCGAUGCAGUGCCCUAGACCACUGCGCCACCCGGUCUUGAUAGUUGUACAGUCGUCGCAAAUAAAACUGUGAAGGACCUCGGCGUUACUCAUAUCAAGACUGUUUCAAGGACAGCUAUUUUCCAUCUACGUAACAUUGCAAAAAUCUGAAACUUUCAUGCUUUUGUCACUUCUAGGUUAGACUACUGCAAUGCUCUACUUUCCGGCUACCCAGAUAAAGCACUAAAUACAUUACAUUUUAGUGCUAAACACGGCUGCUAGAUUCUUGACUAGAACCAAAAAAUGUGAUUACAUUACUCCAGUGCUAGCCUCUCUACACUGGCGUCCUGUUAAGACAAGGGCUGAUUUCAAGGUUUUACUGCUGACCUACAAAGCAUUACACGGGCUUGCUCUUACUUAUCUUUCCGAUUUGGUCCUGCCGUACAUACCUACACGUACGUUAUGGUCACAAGACGCAGGCCUCCUUACUGUCCCUAGAAUUCCUAAGCAAACAGCUGGAGGCAGGGCUUUCUCCUAUAGAGCUCUAUUUUUAUGGAAUGGUCUGCCUAUCCAUGUGAGACACGCAGACUUUGUCUCAACCUUUAAGUCUUUAUUGAAGACUCAUCUCUUCAGUAGGUCCAAAGAUUGAGUGCAGUCUGGUCCAGGAAUGUGAAGGUGAACGGAAAGGCACUGGAGCAACGAACCGCCCUUGCUGUCUCUGCCUGGCCGGUUCCCCUCUCUCCACUGGGAUUCUCUGCCUCUAACCCUAUUACAGGGGCUGAGUCACUGGCUUACUGGUGCUCUUCCAUGCCGUCCCUAGGAGGGGUGCGUCACUUGAGUGGGUGGAGUCACUGACGUGAUCUUCCUGUCCGGGCUGGCGCCCCCCAUUGGGUUGUGCCGUGGCGGAGAUCUUUGUGGGCUAUACUCGGCCUUGUAAGGUCCUCCAACCUGAGUUGAUGAUGAGUUUUGUGAUAUACAGUACCAGUCAAAAGUUUGGACACACCUACUCAUUCAAGGGUUUUUCUUUUCUUUUUACUGUUUUGUACCUUGUAGAAUAAUAGUGAAGACAUCAAAACUAUGAAACAACACAUAUUGAAUUAUGUAGUAACCAACCGUGUUAAACAAAUCAAAAUAUUUUUUAUAUUUGAGAUUCUUUAAAGUAGCCACCCUUUGCCUUAAUGUCAGCUUUGCAUACUCUUGGUAUUCUCUCAACCAGCUUCAUGAGGUAGUCACCUGGAAUGCAUUUCAAUUAACAGGUGUGCCUUGUUAAAAGUUAAUUUGUGGAAUUUCUUUCCUUCUUAAUGCGUUCGAGCCAAUCAGUUGUGUUGUGACAAGGUAGGGGUGGUAUACAGAAGAUAGCCCUCUUUGGUAAAAGACCAAGUCCAUAUUAUGGCAAGAACAGCUCAAAUAAGGAAAGAGAAAAGACAGUCCAUCAUUACUUUAAGACAUGGUCAGUCAAUUUGUACAAUUUCAAGAACUUUUAAAGUUUCUGAAGUGCAGUCGCAAAAACCAUCAAGCACUAUGAUGAAACUGGCUCUCAUGAGGACCGCCACAGGAAAGGAAGACCCAGAGUUACCUCUGCUGCAGAGGAUAAGUUCAUUAGAUUUAACUGCACCUCAGAUUGCAGCCCAAAUAAAUGCUUUACAGAGUUCAAGUAACAGACACAUCUCAACAUCAACUGUUCAGAGGACUGCGUGAAUCAGGCCUUCAUGGUCAAUUUGCUGCAAUGAAACCACUACUAAAGGACACCAAUAAUUUGGAGAGACUUGCUUGGGCCAAGAAACACGAGCAUUGGACAUUAGACUGGUGGAAAUCUUCCCUUUGGUCUGAUGAGUCCAAAUUUUAGAUUUUUGGUUCCAACCGUGUCUUUGUGAGACACAGAGUAGGUGAAUGGGUGAUCUCUGCAUGUGUGGUUCCCACCGUGAAGCAUGGAGGAGAAUGUGUGAUGGUGUGGGGGUGCUUUGCUGGUGACAUUGUCAGUGAUUUAUUUAGAAUUCAAGGCACAACUAACCAGCAUGGCCACCACAGCAUUCUGCAGCGAUACGCCAUCCCAUCUGGUUAGUGCUUAGUGGGACUAUCAUUUGUUUUCAACAGGACAAUGACCCAACACACCACCAGGCUGUGUAAGGGCUAUUUGACCAAGAAGGAGAGUGAUGGAGUGCUGCAUCAGAUGACCUGGCCUCCACAAUCACCCGACCUCCACCCAAUUGAGAUGGUUUGGGAUGAGUUGGACCGCAGAGUGAAGGAAAAGCAGCCAACAAGUGCUCAGCAUAUGUGGGAAUGCCUUCAAGACUGUUGGAAAAGCAUUCCUCGUGAAUUUGGUUGAGAGAAUGCCAAGUGUGCAAAGCUGUCAUCAAAGCAAAUGGUGGCUACUUUGAAUCUUAAAUAUAAAACAUAUUUUGAUUUGUUUAACACUUUUUUUGGUUACUACAUGAUUUCAGAAUGUGUUAUUUCAUAGUUUUGAUGUCUUCAAUAUUAUUCUACAAUGUAGAAAAUAGUAAAAAGAAAGAAAAAACCUUGAAUGAGUAGAUGUGUCCAAACUCUUAACUGGUACUGUACGUUUCCCCAAAAAUCAUGUUAGACUAUCUGCUACACAAAAAUAUAUUGUGAAGGCCUAAUUUCACAGGACUAACUAUGGUUGGCAAUUGAUUACUUUCAGACGGGGAAAAUGCCUGGCCUCGAUGGCAUUCCAAUAGAGAUAGGCUUUUUAUGAACUACUGAAAGAUCAAUUAAUGUCAUGUUUUAAUUACUCAUAUAUAAACUAUCAGACACACAAAAUUAGAGACUGAUAUAUCUCCUACUGACGCAGGAGCUAGGGGGGCAGUACAAAGACCCAGUCUCUUAAAAAAAAAUGCUAAAUGCUAAAAUAUUGGCAAAAUGUACUGCUCAUAGAAUUAAAAAGGUCCUACCGGUAAAUUAAGAGUCAACAACAUUGUUUGGGUAUUAGCAAACAGAAUAUGAGCUUUACAAAUGAGAUAAAAAAUAAAACAAGAUUUUCACUGGACAGCUACUUUAAAGAAUAUGCUGUGAGAAUCAUGCCACAGAAAUACCUAUUUUCUUCACACUGGAUGACAAAGUUGUGUCUUUUAUACUCUGUCACACCAUUAUCAUUAUAUUACAUGACAUUUAAUAGUGGAACUGAUUUAUAAUAAAGUGAUUGCUCAAAAUCUGUACAACAUUUUACAAAUAAUGAAUUUCUUAUUUACCUUGAUAUUAUAAUCAUAAGGUGACAGCCAAGUAUAUUGGCACCCUUGCACUUUUCUUCAAAUAAAUUGAAAUAAACAAAUAUAUACAUUUUGGUUCCACAA